GGGAGGUGGGCAUUCCCUGUGUGUAACCACCCUGCCCCUCUUCUCUCCUAGAUGCGGGCUGUGAUGACCAUGCGGAUGGCCGAGUGUGCAAAGUGCGCUUUGAUGCUAACGGUGCCACAGGACCAGGGGGCAGGGACCCCUCCCAGGUGAAGCUGCUGCCUGGAAGGCACAUGCUCUUUCCCCCUCUUGAGAGGGUCCACUACCUACAGGUCCCUCUGUCCCGCCGUCUGUCCCACGACGAGACCAACAUCUUCUCUACUCCUCGGGCACCAGGCUCCAUCCUGCAUAAGUGGUCAUCCUCUGAUGACAUCCGGGUCCUCCCGGCCCAGAGCCGAGCCCUGGGGGGUCCUCCUGAGUACCUGGGAAGUAGACAAAGGCUGGAGGAUGAGGAGGGUGAGGAGGAAGCUGAAGGGGGGGGGCUGGCCAGCCUUCGCCAAUUCCUGGAGGGUGGGAUGUUGGGGUCAGGUGGGGGACCCCCACGGGGUCCUGGCUUCUUCCGGGAAGAGAUCACCACCUUUAUCGAUGAGACACCUCUGCCUUCUCCGACUGCUUCGCCAGGGCCCUCUCCUCGCCGGCCCAGGCCCCUGGGCAUCUCACCCCGCAGGCUCUCCCUUGGGUCCCCUGACAGCAGAGCCGUUGGACUUCCUUUGGGGUUAAGUGCAGGGAGACGCUGCUCCCUGACAGGAGGUGAGGGAAGUGCAAGACCUUGGGGAGGAUCGUGGGGCCCAGGUAACCCCAUUUUCCCCCAGCUGACCCUGUGAGCCCAAGUGGGCCUGAGGGACUCAGAGGAGGGGCCCUGAGUGAGUAACACCAGUUCUGGCCCUGAGCCUAGGGCAGCUGCCUCCAGACUCCACAGAGAUGGGCACUGGAUCUGGGGCCUGGAGCCCCCUGCUGUCUCCCAUCUCAAUGACCAGAUGUCCUCCUCACCUUCCAUCAUCCUUAGCAAAAUGUAUUAAAGCCUGAAGUGUUACCAUGGAAA